AUGCAGGGAACUAAAAAUGUGAAUGUAAAUUUCGAUUUUUCCGGGAUAUUUCCGACAUGUAUGUAUGAGUUUAAUACUGCUAUACGACCUGCUGAUUUUGAAAAACGUCGAAAAUACAAUAAUUUGUGCAAAAAUAUAGGUAAGGCAUUAGCCAAUAAUGAUCCCAGCUUUACUCUCACAUGUGAAGAUCUUAGCCUUUAUUUAGAGCAUAUAAAAGGAAAAGGGGACAAUGAAAAAAAAAGAUACUGUAAAUAUUUUUUCCAUAAGCUAAAUAACGAGCUAAAAGAUCAAAGCUAUUCUUGCGUUGGCGAGAAAAAAUGUUACGACCAAAUAAUAAGUACAGAACAGAGCGAUAAUAAUAACCUAUUCAAAAUAUGUCAUGGUGAAUAUAACGAUUUUGAUGAAAAAAUAUACACAAUAUUUGAUUAUUUGGAUAAAUUAUACACAGAGCUGAAAUGGUUUAGUUACGAUAUAUAUAAAUGCCUUUCCGAUUCUGAUCCUUUUAAUGAAUAUAUGAAAUUUUUAAGAGAUUUUCAUAAUAACAUCACUUUGCAAAGUGUACUAGAUGAAGCUAAUGAAAAAUACAACAAUUAUCGCAGAAAAUUACGAGACUGUUCUGUUGCAGCAAAUCUUAUUUAUUACUCUUCUUGGACAGUUGGCAUCUUGUUUGUUUUAACCUUUUCUAUAAUCAUAUUUAUAUUAAUUUUAUAUAAGUAUACCUCUUAUAGUCCAUAUAUACAACAAAUUUUAAGUAACCUAAAGCAUCUGUGGAAUAACAGAAGUGAAGAACAACAUGAAUUAUAUAAUUUAUUUGAUAGAGAGUACAAAAAUUUAACUUAUAAUAGUUACCGAAUAUUAUAUAACACUGCUCAGUAUUAA